AUGGAGUUGAUCCCAGCCAUCUUGCGCCUGCUCCAGCUCCUCUGGACGCUGCUCGUCACAGCCCUCAUCGGCAAUGUCAUCGCAUCCAACAUCAACGGCCAUGAGGCCGCCAUCAACUUCUCCAUGUUCGUCGCCGUGCUGUCGUGGCUCGCCGUGCUCUACGGCCUCGUCGCCACCUUCGUCGAGAGCAUCGCCAUCCCCGUCGCGCUGAUGGCCCUCGACGGCGCCGCCACCCUCUUCACCUUCAUCGCCGGCGUCGUCCUCGCCGCCAAGCUCAAGGCCACCAACUGCGGCGGCGACCUCGACGAGAAGAAGCUCGGCUCCGGCUGGAUCGGCUUCGGCUCCGCCAACGACGAGAAGCGCUGCCGCGAGAUCCAGGCCAGCACCGUCUUCUUCUGGUUCCUGUUCGCGACCUUCAUCGCCGGGAUCUUCUUCACCUUCAUGGGCUUCCGCCGCACCGGUGGCUCCAUCCGCUCCAGCGGCCCGCAUAUGUCGCAGGUCCGCGUCUAG